AUGGGGGGCGUCCAGUCGACCCGCGUGGGUGCGGGCGGCGGGGCUGGCGGCGCAGGCCCGGCGAACAGCUUGGCUUUUUCAACGCAGCUUUCCAAGGAGUGUCUGAAGCAGUAUUUAAAGAAGUUUGACAGCGACGAAGUGGAGGUUCUGAAGAAAGUCUACAAAGCGCUCUCGGCCAGAAGUCCCGGACCCGGAAUCGACAAAGAAACCUUUCUCCAGUAUUUCCCUCUCCCCGGACUCUGGGGAGAAAGACUCUUUCAGAAAUUCGAUUUCAAAGGCUCGGGAAGCGUGGACUACGAGGAGUUCUUGAUUGGAAUCGCCGUGUGCUGUCGGGGCACGAAGAGCGACCGGAUGUAUGUGCUUUUCCAGGUGUUUGACCUAAACUCGGACGGGUACAUUCAGAAGAGCGAGCUGGUGGCGAUGCUGUCGAAUCUGCCGAACCUCGACCGGUACAUGAGUAUCCGGAAGGCGCAGCAGGCCCACAGCGAAGGGAGCAACAGCGUGGGGAGAGGGUCUCACGGCGGGAAGGAAGAAGAGCAGAAUCUGUUUUCCCCGCAGUGCCAGAGGACCCCUCAGAACGGCGGAUCCUCUGGCACUGCCGGUGCGGUGUCGUCUUCGCCGGGCAACUUGGACGACGAAGAUGACGAAGAAGAUACAGGUUCUUGCGGAUCGAACUCGAAUUUUCCGGGUGCACAGGCGCAGGGUGCGUACCCUGAAGCUGCGCUCGUCUGCGUCUCCGACUUUGUUCCUUCGCAGCAGUACGUGGCGACGGGCUCGGGCCUCUCUCUGGACUCGACGAGUUCGAACGAGCGACCGCGAGAGCGACUGAAGCCGUACGAGCCCCACCCACUGCUUGCGCGACUCGAGCAGGAGGCGUCCAGCAGCGAAGGCUACGGCCGGAGCUUCGACGAAGAAAGCAGCGGGGCGUCGUCCUACAGCUCGCUCUCGGAUGUGUUUCAGUGCUUCUCGCCCUUCGACCACGCGUCGCGAAAUCCGUCGCCACCGAGACGCGUCUCCGCGCAACAACCCACGCAUGUCGGGCCUGAAGCCCCGGGCCAGGAGGCCCCCGGCACAGUCAGCAGCCCCACGGGCGAGCAGACAGGGGCACCGCCCGCGGCUCUCUCGAGUCGGCCCUCGAUAGACUCGCUUGUCUCCGCCUCGUCGCCGGCAGGGGGAUCCCCGGUGGUCCUCCCGCCGCCUGUGGAUAGACCCGCGGGCGCGGGCACAGGGGCCGAGUUUCCGCUUCUCCAGGCCUCGCCCCACGCGCGCCCGGCAGCCGGAGACGACGGAGACAGUUCCGCGGGGCCCGCGGGAGGCGCAUCCGGCGAGUCGGCCGCCAAGGGAGCCGAGAAGUCUCCGAAGACGGGGACGCUUUCGCAGCAACCCAGGGGCGGGAUAACCAAAACUGCGAGUCGCUUCACAAGUGCAAUCAAGCGGACCUUCUCGACGCAGUCCUCUUCGACUCAGGGGGCACCCGGGUCGCCUCCGGUUCGCGGUUUCAGUGGAGGCGGCGGCAGUCGACCAGUCUCCGUCCUCCCUUCCAGGCAGUCCUCGGAAGCCUCUGUGAUUUGCCCUCAGGGAGGCAUCAGUCCCGUGGGCAGCGCCCAUGCAAACGCCCCUCCACCCGGGUCAGGGACCCCAGCUCCCCCCCCCAUCGUCCCCACCUCUUCAGGAGGAGUCCCCGCGCCGGGGGGAGUGUCUCCGCCGCCGCAAGUGCCGCCCGUGGUUGUCCGCGCGGCGUCGCCGAGGGCGGAGACCCAGGAGAACGAGACGGGACUGGAGGAGCUGGGGGAAGGCGCCACGCCAGGAGGCGACGCAGGGAGAGAGGCGAGCCAGAAAGCGUUCGCGGCGGGGACGGGCAGAGGGUCAGGACCUCUGGAAGAAGACGAAGCGCAAGGCAACGGGAUGCUAGAAGUUCCGCAGGCUGCGCAGCCCUCGAAGGGGCCGACGAAGAGCGCGAUGCUCCUCCAGGCCGAAAAAGACAAGACGCGACAGGAGCAGGCGAAGAAGAACCCCUCGCCCGUCGCCCAAAGCCUCAUCAAGGAGGAGAAGGAGGAGAACGAGCAGAAAGAUGUUUUGGACGUCGAGGGGAUUGUUGACAAGAUCAUCGAAGAGUGCGAGUUCUUCGAACAUGGGAAACUGAGCUUUCCAGAGUUCAAGACCUGGCUGGAGAGGAACGAGGGCAUCUUGUCCAUGUUCACGGAGUGCCUCCACGAGGAAGUCUGGGGUCUGCAAGGCAACGCACUGUACCGCAGCACGAGUGUGCAGAGCCGCCCCAGCCGGCUGACCGCUGCAGGACUCCAGGGCAUCUUUAAGGAUCCUUUGGGGUCGGGUCGGGAAGGCGGAUCAGGGAAGGUCUUCCGGCGCUCGAAGCUGUUGUCUUCACGCACAUCUUCAGCUUCUUUUUCUUCUCGAGGCAUGGGGAAAGCAGGUUCGCCGUCCUCUUCCCGUGUCGGCGGCUUCGGCUACUCGGCGAGCGGAGGUAUGAUUGUGAACAUGCAGCACUUUCAGAAGGUGAAGCAUCUCUUUACGAAUCCGGCCCAUUCUUCUCCUCGUCGCCCCACUCGUGAUCUGGACCCCGCGACGCCAGCGCCGCAACCCUCCCGCCUAUCUUCUUCUCCGCAGAUGCAGGCGACCGGCAGCUCUGGGGCGGCGAGUGCGGCUGCUGGAGCCAGUUCGGUCUCUGCGGGUGGGCCUGCCGCUCGCGGUUCUGGAGCCCAAUUUGGCGGGGCAGGCCCAGAGAACGCAGGGGCGCUAGCUGUCGCUUCGCCUGUCUCUGGAGCUCCAUCUCUCGCCGUGGGCGGCGCGACGCCUCUUGCGGGCACCACGCCGCCGCCCGCCAUGGAGACAACCUCGCAGGCUUCACAACAUCAAACAGGCCCGAGUGGACCUAGCAGCCCCCCAGGGACCCCCGCGAGUGUGGUGAGUCCCGCUGCGGGCGCAGGCCCAAUCUCUGUGCCGGUCUCGCCCUCGGUAACGGCUGUGGCGACCGCGGCCGUUACUCAGGUGGCAGGCGCACCGACUUCCAGCGCGGGCGUGGAGCCCAAACAGGAGGUAACAGUCAGUGUCUCCGUUGUGACCGUGGCGGGAGGGGGGGCAGGGUCUGAGACCCAGCCUGCGAUGGCCUCUGUCGCGUCCGGAUCUUCACCUGCGGCUCCAGGCGUGACGGGGGUCACUGAGGCUGUCGCGGUUGCCUCGGUUCCUGGGACUCCAACCACCGGGGCGACGACUGCGGUCGGAGGGCCUGUCUCGGAAGGCCCAGCGACGACACCCUCCAUCACGCUGCAGGUCACGACGACGCUCGACCCUACCACCGCUGGAGCGGCCGCAGGCGCGGCAGCGGCGGCCGCCACGGCGGCGGCUGCGGCUUUCGUGGAGGAGACGCGGGCGGCAGGAGGUGCGACAGCGCCGGGGACAUCUGUGACUCACACGGCGACGGCAACAGCUGUUCAGGGGCCCCCAGACGGUCGGGGAUCUGCCGGGGAUAAAGUUGUAAGCGAGGAGGCGUUUCCGGUGAUAGGUGAGGAGGAAGGAGAAAGAAUGUCGGGGUCCGGGGAUGCUCGCGAUGAUGACGUCUACGAGCGAAUCGCGGGGUAUCGCCACUGGGAGCAGUCCCGGAUGUCCCCGCAGCUCGCUGUCGACAUCGUCAGCAAGGAGUUGGUCGACUUCAUUCGCUCCUCGCACCAGUCGCUUCACAGCGCGGAGCUGCCGCGCGAUUCUCGGCCUGCGCCCAGCCGCGGGGCACUUUCUGGGGCGAGUGGUCCGGGCUCCGGGGCUUUGGCGUCGCCGUCGGAGGGAGCCUCGGCGCGAGCGCAGCUCCCCUACAGGGAAGGCGAGCUUCGGCAGGCCGACCUGGCGGCGAUUGCUCGCGCCCACGACGACCCUCUCGCAUGUUCUGGACAUUCCCCGAGAGACCUGUACAGUUGCCCCAACUGUUGCAAUCCGCUGCUGCUCUGUCCCUUUUGCCACAGCCGCUAUCCACAGCUCACAUUGCUUGAGGGCCGAGUCGUCAUGGAGUGUCGCCAGUGUGGCAGACUGGGCGGGUCCUCCAGCUCGCUGUCCGACGCCGGUGCGCAGCCCGCGGCCGGUACCGGCGCGAACUCCGGCGCGGGGGGAGCCUCAGGGUCCGCGGACCCAAGCGGCGGACCAGGAGCAGAAGAAGACCGCGUCGAAGCCGGCAUCUGCGUGGGCGGAAGCAGCCGCGUCUUCACGCGUUGUUGGCACUGCGGCUGGGAACUCAGCAAGUGUGCGGAAAUGCUCAAGGGAAACAGUGAAGCCGCGAUCGACGGCGUUCUGUACAAAAAAGGAAAGCACCUCCACCAGUGGCAGGCGAGGUACUACGUCCUCGUCGACAACAUGCUCUACUACUACCGGCGAAAGGGCGACGCCAAGCCACGCGGCUUCAUGUUCCUCGAGGGCUGCUACGUCGAGCUUCUUUCCGAGCAAGUCGGCGGCCGACAGUACGGAUUCGCCAUCGUUCACCCCAAAGGGGAAACUGUUAGCAAGCGGCUCCUCUUCGCCAACUCUGCCAAAGAACAACGCGAAUGGGUCGACACCCUCCGUGUGGCCACGAAGCAGCAAGCGCUGGAGCAGCUGUAUCAGGUGGGCGAGCAGCUGGGACAUGGCAAGUUCUCGAUUGUGUACAAAGGAAUUCACCGAGCAACGAACGAGCUGUAUGCGAUCAAAGUGAUCGACAAGGGGAAGAUCAACGGCCACGAGCGAGAGCUCCUUCGCAGCGAGAUGGCCAUUCUCCGCCUUCUCAACCACCCCAAUGUCAUCUACAUGAAGGAAUUGCUGGACACGAAGGAGACGCUGUACAUCGUCAUGGAGCUGGUGAGAGGUGGCGAACUCUUUGACCUCAUCCAACAGAACCAUCGGCUUCCCGAACUCCACGUCAAUCGAAUUAUCAGCCAACUCCUGAGCACAGUGUACUACCUGCACAAGUGCGGCAUCGUGCACCGGGACUUGAAGCCCGAAAAUAUUCUCCUGACGGACCGGACGCCGAAUGCGACGAUCAAGCUCACUGAUUUCGGUCUCUCGACUCUCUGUGCGCCGAACGAGGUCCUCCACCAGCCGUGCGGUACCCUAGCAUAUGUGGCGCCUGAGGUGCUGACCAUGGAAGGCUACAACCAUCAAGUGGACGUCUGGUCCAUAGGCGUGAUUAUGUACCUCCUUCUCCGAGGUCGUCUCCCUUUCCCGAUCAACCAGGCUUUUGGCCACCCGAGUUUCUACGAAAACACUCCGGUCUCUUUCGACGGCGCAGUGUGGCGAGAAGUCAGCAGCAGCGCGAAGGACCUCAUUGUCCGCAUGCUUCAGCCGAACCCUAGACGCCGCAUCACCGUCGCCGAUGCGCUCCAGCACAUUUGGAUCAAAAAUCCGACUGCGGUGGUGAAUAAUGGCUCCAAGAAUAUCGACGUUUACAUCAGCCAGCUAGAUGAAGUUCGACACUCAACUCGCUACGGCGAAGAGCGGACGAUGGCGUGCUGCCCAGAGGUGCCAACCUUUACGAUCCCGAAAAAUGGAGCAAAGCCUCUCCAGAACCAUGGGGCACCUGUCGCUACGGCGGGACCCCCUGCGGCGCUACGGCCCCCGGUUUCUCAACUCCCUGCGGCGCCGGCCGUGGCUUCUAGGGCUCCUGCAGCUUCUUCGCCGUCUUCGCUUCCUACACCUAUUCGACCCUUCUCCGAAUCAACCCCAGUGUAUGCUGUACCCGCGGCCUCCGCGCCCGGAGUGUCUCUGUCCGGGGGCGGAGGCCUCGACCCAGGAGCCCCAACAAGCGUAGCAACUCCCGUUGCGGUCUCGAUUUCUUCGGCUCCCCCAGCGGCUCGGACCGAAGGAGACACGGGGCCAGUUGAAGGCGCGGCCGUCUCGCCUUCUUCUCUUCCGGCAGGCUCACUGGACGAGGUUCCAGAGUCGGGGGCUUCUCUCGGUGGAGAGAGCGUGAGCGACGCGGCUCCAGUCGCCGGGAGAGGCGAGGUGGAUUUGACGAGGGGACAAGGGCAAGGGUCCACCGCUUCCGGAGUCGCGGCGGCUUCGCCUGCAAGUCUCUUGAACCUAACGCUGCAAGACGGCAGCGAGGGACGAAGAAUGACAAGCGCGACGCCUCCUGUUGCGGCGGAAGCAGGCAGUCCCGGAGUCAGCGGUGCACUCCUGUCUCCUGCCGCUGGAAGCAAGUCUGUGCCUUCGCCGUCUGUAGCCAGCCCUGCAGGUGUGGCGCCCUCACUUGCAGCGCCUGGGUGUUCCGAUUUAUCUUCGGCGUCGUCUGGCACCCAAAGGAGGGGGACAGAAGAGCCUGAGGCGGAACCGGCGAGACAGGAUGAAAGAGCAUGUGGCACGCCUGCGGAGGUGCCAGCGGGGUCCCCUGGGGGGCCCUCACCUAGCAUAGAGGAAGUACAUAAGUGA